AUGCAAGUUACUUUAAAGGAAGGUACACCCCAGGCAAUUUUACUGCAGAGGGGAAAGGUGUUGUCUGGAACAUUAAAGGCCGUUGCUAAACCAACAUUUAGAUUUGAUCAUCCAAUAAAAGUUGUGUAUGCUGGAGAGCCUGGAGAGGAUUAUGGAGGUCCAAGAAGAGAGUUUCUCAGGAUUAUAUUCCGAUUGGCCCUGAGGGAAAUAAACAGUUCAGUCAUAACAUCCAAAACGUUUCCGAGAACAGAUACUUUACUGCAGGUACAAGAAUCCAAAAAUCAAAGUGAGCUUACUAGUGUGUUGAACAAAGAUGCUGAGUGGUAUCUUGAUCUUGGUGUCUUUGGAAACACCGUAAAGUUUCUUGAAAAAGAAAGAUUCCUGAAGACUCUUAUAACGAAUGAGUUGAUGUACAAGGUCCAGAGUGAACUGACACAGUUCAGGGAUGGUAUGGAUUCCGUUGGUUGGUUGUUUGUUUCAGACAGUUAUGAGACAGCCGGAGGUUAUGAAAAAGAUUGGGAAACCGGGCUAACACUGGAGCACGUUUUAAGCUUCUGGACAGGUGCCUCAAAGAAGCCUCCCCUCGGCUUUGACAAAAGAUUUGAGGUGAAUUUUAUUAACUGUGACGAUGAAUACCUUCCAGUUGCCAAGACAUGUGGAAUGUGUUGGAACUUAAACGUGGGGAGAAGGAUGCAGAAAGAUUUAGAGAAAAAAUGGCGAAGGCAGUGUUAUAGACUGAAGGCUUUCAUAUUGCUUGAUAGGGGAUGA